CUACGACUUUUUUUUUAUUAUUUCUAUUUUCUGCGCAGUUAAAUAAAUCACUAAUGUUGAUGAUCUCGAGAAACUUCCAGAGAGUCGUGCAGCGACCUCUCUAUUCAACUACCAGAGCCUAUUCACACAAGCCCAAGGAUAAGAAAGAAUUGAUAAAGGACAGAAUUCCUUUUAUGCCAGUCAUCAACAUUCCCGAAACAGACUUUGCCCACAAUGCCUUUUUUUCUCUCCAUCGACCUCUUCUUGGUCUAUCGAAUGACGAUGAGCGGCCCUUCUUUCAGACUCUGACCCCACAAGAGGUUGAAGAAGAUGCAUUUACACAAUAUAUGAUGGACCUGCGCCCGUUUGAGCCUCCUUCUGAGCAUUCCGCAAGAGAAAAGGAUCCCAUAGUAGAGAUAAUGGAGACAGCUAUGUCUGAGCCAUUACACAUUGACUCUUCACUACCAAUGUUUCAUAUGCCCGAUAGUGAUGAAGUAGUAAACUAUCUGACAAAAGUACAAAACAUUAUGGCAAAACAAAAUCAAAAAACAGUAGGAAGAAGGAAAAGACAUGGCCGUCAUCGAGUACUAGUCAAUAAAAAUAAAGAAUAGAAAAAAAAUACGUAUUUUGAUGUGACUAAAUAAAUGAAUAAGUGGGAUGAAUCUCUUUUCAUCCAGUC